UGUUGGAAACAUGGCGACGCGGAGCGGCCUUACGGCUCUGUUUCCAGUGCAGAGCCAGCUGGACUACGCCCUGGAAGACGCCAGGUCCCAGGAAGAAAAAGAAAAUCUUGUCUUCCAAUACCUGAAGAAAAUAGACGACAGGAAGGAUGACUUGAAGGUCCCCGAUUUCGAAGAAGGUCUGGAAUGGCUGAACACACAGCAACCCCUCUCCCUGGCCCGAGAGCUCUCUGGGAAGGUGGUGGUGCUGGACUUCUUCACUUACUGUUGCAUCAACUGCAUGCACCUGCUGCCCGACCUGCACCUGCUGGAGCAGCAGCACACUGUCAAAGAUGGGCUGGUGGUCGUGGGCGUGCACUCGGCUAAGUUCCCCAACGAGAAGGUGCUGAGGAACGUGCAGAACGCGGUGCUUCGCUACGGCAUCACGCACCCGGUGGUGAACGACGGUGCCGGCCGGCUCUGGCAGGAGCUGGAGGUGGCCUGCUGGCCCACGCUCGUCAUCCUGGGUCCCCGCGGCAACCUGCUCUUCUCGCUGGUGGGGGAGGGGCACAGGGACAGGCUCUUCCUGUUCACGGCCGCGGCGCUGAAGCACUACGGCCAGACGGGCGAGCUCAGGGAUGCCGACAUCGGGAUCAGGCUCUACCGGGACUCCCUGCCCCCCUCCACCCUCUCCUUCCCAGGGAAGGUGGCCGCGGACCCCGCAGGAGGGAGGCUGGCCGUCGCGGAUACCGGCCAUCACAGGGUGCUGGUGCUGUCUACCAGCGGGCACGUCCUCCACUGCAUCGGAGGGCCGGGUAGCGGGAGGAGAGAUGGCGCCUUCUCUGAAGCCUUGUUCAGUUCACCGCAGGGCGUGGUGAUAAAGGGAGACGUGGUGUAUGUGGCCGACACAGAGAACCAUCUGAUCAGAAAGAUUGACCUGCUGGAGGGGAGGGUCAGCACCCUGGCAGGGGUGGGGGUGCAGGGUACGGAUCGGGAGGGCGGGGGGUUGGGACCCCAGCAGCCCAUCAGCUCCCCCUGGGACCUGGCGCUGGGUACUGCAGGUGGGGAGGAAGACAAUGUUUUGUGGAUAGCCAUGGCUGGCACACAUCAGAUCUGGGCACUGUUUUUGGAGGAUGGAAAGCUGCCCAAGGGCAGCGAAUCCACAAAGGGCAUGUGCGUGCGAUUCGUGGGCAGCGGGAAUGAGGAGAACCGCAACAAUGCCUACCCACACAAGGCCGGCCUGGCACAGCCGUCCGGCGUGUCCGCGGCGCCGCAGGAGCCCUGGAGCUGCCUGUUCGUGGCCGACAGCGAGAGCAGCACCGUCAGAACCGUGUCCCUGAAGGACGGAGCCGUCAAACACCUGGUGGGCGGGGAGCGAGACCCCCUGAACCUGUUUGCGUUUGGGGACGUGGACGGGGCGGGGAUAAACGCCAAGCUUCAGCACCCCCUGGGCGUGGCCUGGAGCCCCAGCGGCAGCCUUCUCUAUGUGGCCGAUUCCUACAACCACAAGAUCAAAGUGGUGGACCCGAAAUCCAAGCAGUGCAGGGUUCUGGCGGGCACGGGGGAGGCCAGCGACAGCCUGGGGCCCGGGUUCGAGGAGGCCAGCUUUAACGAGCCAGGCGGGUUGUGUGUAGGAGAGGCAGGGAAGGUGCUGUACAUCGCAGACACAAACAACCACCACAUCAAGGUCUUGGACCUGGAGAGCCGGAGUGUAUCGCUGCUGCCCAUCUCUUUCCAGGAUGUGUUGGAUGCCGUAGGUGACACCUCUGUUGCCAUGGCUGUCAGAAAGGCCCCCACACUGCCCAAAUCGGCUGCCAGGAUCGAGAUGUCGGUGCUGGCUGUGUCGGCGGGGCAGACGGUGCAGAUGUCCCUGGCCUUGACUCUGCCGGAUGGCACCAAGCUGACCCAGGAGGCGCCCAGCUUUUGGGCCCUGUCCGCUGAAGGUAACGAGUGGCUGCUGGAGGGUCAGUGUCUGAGCGGGGACAUCAGGGACAUUUCCCAGCCUCUGAGCGUGAUGGUGGCGGUCCCGCUGACAGCACGGUCACCCGACCCCACUCUGACCGUGGACGCCUGGGUGUACUUCUGCAGCGCAGAUGAGGGGGCGUGUAUGAUGAGGGCAGCGUCCUUCAGACAGCCCCUGCAGAUCGACCGCGCCCCACGCGACGGCACGGUCAACGUGACCAUGUCUCAUGCUUUCUAACCGCAAGGGAACCGGACGCCUCUCGCCAGGGUUCUGGCACACUGCCUGUUACACAAGUAUAGCACCUGCAACAAGUUUGGAAACCAAAAAACUAGUGUUUGCUUUGCCUUUGGCUGCCGGAAACGGCAGAACAAUGUCCCACAGGGUAUCAAACUCAGAACGGACCAUUUUGGUCCGGUUUGGUCUGGUCUGGUUUGGUUCGGUUUUGUUGGGUUUGGUCUGGUUUGACAUGCCCGUGUGAGACCAGCGCAUGCAGGCUGCGGAGCUCUCAUUCCCACCAAACGGCCUCAUACACACAGAGAUGCCGGCUGCGUUUCUACUGCUGAUCUCAAAAGACACACAGGGCUGUUCUCUCAGAGAGCACCAGUCUCUUCCCUCGCAGUUAUCACAGCUUGCAAUACCGUUCACAUUUUUCAAGAAGCGAAAAAAAAAGUAGGAUCUAAUGCAUCUAAACUAACCCCAGGGAAAUUGUUUGACUGCACACGGCAAACACACUCCCGGUUUGGGGGCUAUAUGAGGCUGGUGCGUCCAGCCAAAUACUUUCCCUGGGUUUUCUGUUCCUCCUUAAACAACCCUUUGUGCCUUUUGUCAACCUUUUGAUACUGUACAUGGCAAGCCAGUGUUAUAUCACCAACACUGUGGUCAUUCUUUGCUUUAGAAGCAGAUUGUUGCCUUAGAAUCGGAGGGGGGAGAUACCCUCUGGCCCUUGGACUCCUCCUGCAUGUGGUUUUGUCCUCUUGCCUGUUGCUCUGAGGUGCAGAUAGACUGUCCCUGGAUCAGUUAUUACCUCACUGUGGAAUGUGGCGGAACACAGAGCAAGGUGCCUGGGACUGACCUGAAGCUGACUGAUGUGCACUCCACUGUAAAGCCUGCACCUGGCCUUCAUAAUACCCUCUUCUCGGUCUGUGUACCUGCAUGGUGUUUAAGGAGGACUCAGUGUGCUUUUCACUGUCUUUUCUAAUAAUUUAUACUGUGGUCCUGGACAGACAGGACUAAGAAGAUGCAUGUGCAUGAAGAGAAUCGGUUAGCUGUGGACUUGCAAUCCAUCUGAUGGCUGAAACAAGGCAUUCCACAGUUCUGUGGUCAUGUUUCUUUUGUCUAAUUGACUUUUAUGACCCCACCAGAUCGUCUUAUAGUGGGAGUGUGACUUAACACGCCCUUUUAAUUAUGGAAUUCGUGCCGGAGACACAGACGACUCUGUAGUAUAUCAGUCAGGGAACAGGGCUGGGAACCAGGUGGUUGCAGGAUUGAUUCCUGUGGGGAGCACUGCUGUUGUGCCCUUUGGCUUUGUCUGAAUUUCUGUAUUAAAGAUCCUGUUUAAAGAUUUAUCAAUGCAAAAUGGCAGCCAUAUAAGUUGCCCUUUAGGAUUUUCUGCCGAGCAAAAGAAUGUUUCACUCUGCCUAAUAAUGUACUGUAGACAUCCUCACAUUUAGCUCUGAAGUUUUGCUACUGUGGGUUGUUUAAUGAAAUCUAAAUUACUGUUUUAGCAAGUUAAAAAGUAAAACACAGCAGUUCACUGGCUUUCCCAAUAUCUCUGCUUUGUAUUGUAUGCACAUUUUCUGGUAUUUAAACCCUGUUUUUGUCCUUCAUGUUGGUAAACAUCUGUUGAUUGGCACCACUAGGGUUAAGAGCAAUAAGAAAGUGGGACAGUUUACAACGGGGGGGGGGUCUUCUGUAUGGGUCUUCUUUUCAAAUGGUCUUUGAAGGCUGGUGUGUUCUCUGACAUCAAGCUGGGGUUAUCAGGUUUUCCAGGAUAACCCUCAAUUUCUAUUCUGGGACCUGUAAGAAUAUUUAAAUUUUUGUUGCUGUUUGUCUCUUUAUUUUAAGGGGUGGCUUUGGCUGUGUUUGGUCUUUCUGGUCUUUUGAUGAAGCGACAGGCACUUCACUGAGUUUACGCUGCCUUUAACUGCACUUUGCACUUGCCUUUUCUACUGACCGAAAAAAAAACUUUUUAAAACGUACCUACUCUCUAUCCCC